CAAAUGGGAUUGUAGUAUUGAUUGGUAGGGCAUGGGGGACUAGGAGUAGGUUUGGAGGAAGGAGGUUGAGUAAAUGAAGAAAGAGGGUGAUAGAUAAAUGAGAUAAGCCAGCCAGCUAGGUACGUGGGGGCUGGCUCAAAUGGAGGGCAUACAUAUUUGCUGCUUUCAUAGAGUAGAUCGCCGGAUUUAACAUGACACGCAUUGUUACUCACGAUACGUGUCUGACUUCUCCGCCCAAAUUCAACCUCCACCUUCCCUUUUCUAUGGUGUCCUCUUCCUCCUCACUUUCCUCCCUUUCAUUUAUCCUAUUCUGUUCGAUCUCUCUCUAACACAACGACGACACUAACACGAACACCUCCCCCCAUUUCAAUUCUUCUUCUCAUGGCUCCUUCCAACCAACUUGAGGUUCCUCAAAAAUCAAGAGUCACCGUCGUUGGUAGUGGCAAUUGGGGUAGUGUUGCUGCCAAGCUCAUUGCUUUUAACACCCUCCACAUCAAUUCUUUCCACGAUGAAGUGAGGAUGUGGGUCUUUGAGGAGACAUUGCCAUCAGGUGAAAAACUCUCCGACGUCAUCAACAGAACCAAUGAGAAUGUUAAAUAUCUUCCUGGUAUAAAACUACCUAAAAAUGUUGUUGCUGACCCUGACAUCGAACAUGCAGUGAGGGAUGCUAACAUGUUAGUGUUUGUGACUCCUCAUCAAUUCAUGGAGGGCAUUUGCAAGAGGCUAGUUGGGAAAAUUAGGGAAGAUGCUGUGGCAAUUUCCCUAAUAAAAGGAAUGGAGGUCAAGAGAGAAGGACCAUGCAUGAUCUCCUCCCUCAUCUCUGAAAUUCUUGGAAUCAGUUGUUGUGUUCUAAUGGGAGCCAACAUUGCUAAUGAGAUUGCAGUUGAGAAGUUCAGCGAAGCAACAGUAGGAUAUAGGGAGAACAAAGAGAUAGCAGAGAAAUGGGUUCAACUAUUCAAUACUCCUUACUUUAUGGUCUCAGCCGUUCAAGACGUGGAAGGAGUCGAACUUUGCGGGACUCUUAAAAAUGUUGUGGCUCUAGCAGCAGGGUUUGUGGACGGCCUGGAAAUGGGAAAUAACACUAAGGCUGCAAUAAUGAGAAUUGGCUUGAGAGAGAUGAAGGCAUUAUCCAAGCUAUUGUUUCCUUCUGUUAAAGAUAAUACAUUCUUUGAGAGUUGUGGAGUAGCAGAUCUUAUAACUACUUGCUUGGGAGGAAGAAACAGGAGGUGUGCUGAUGCUUUUGCAAGGAAUGGAGGAAAAAGGUCUUUUGAUGAACUUGAAGCAGAGAUGUUGCAAGGCCAGAAACUGCAGGGCGUCUCUACAGCAAAGGAGGUUUAUGAGGUUCUAAGUCAUCGGGGAUGGUUGGAAUUGUUCCCCCUUUUCACGACAGUUCAUGAGAUCUGCAGUGGCCGUCUUGCUCCCUCAGCCAUAGUUGAAUAUACCGAGCACUCAGCCAGAUUGCCCUUGCUGGAAAGUCCUGUUCACUUGAACUGAUAUGCAAAGAGUUGGAAGUCAUCAAUAUAUAUAUCUAAGAUACUCCAGAUUUUGGUUCUUUUUCAGUCCCUGCUUCUUUUGUUUCCCCUUAUAAUUAAUAGAACAAUUUUGAGGGGCUGGUAUUCUCAUCAUAAGCCAUCAGCAAUUUGAUGCCAAGAAAUGGCAGCGCUUGAAUUGCCUUAUGUUCUCGAAUUGCUUAUCCAGGUUCGCUCUUGUUUAUGGAAAAUGAGGAGAUUGCAUUCA